CGAGACGUCAUAUUCUCGCGUCCGGACCCGGGGUGCAUGUGUGCGUUUGUCGAUUGUCAAAGUUCUAGCAUUCCAUUCGAAAAAUGAGUUUUGUGGAGUAUAAAGACAUCAUCCAGAAUGGUGACACUGCCAUUGUCUUCCUGGGUCAUGACUCUAUGUUUGCGAUUAAAGUUCAGCAAGGUGGUGCAACGCAGACUAAAUAUGGUGCCAUCAAGCAUUCAACAGACCUUAUUGGAAAGAGGUAUGGCUCUAGGAUUACAUGCAGCAAAGGUGGAUGGGUGUAUAUACUUCAUCCAACACCAGAACUCUGGACAGUGACUCUUCCACACCGGACCCAGAUCCUUUAUUCCACUGAUAUCUCAAUGAUCAUUAUGAUGCUCGAGUUGAAGCCAGGAUCAAUUGUCUGUGAAUCAGGUACGGGGAGUGGUUCUCUUUCCCACGCCAUUAUUCGGACAAUUGCACCAACAGGACAGCUGUAUACUGUGGAAUUUCAUAAACAACGAGCAGACAAAGCUAAAGAGGAGUUUCAUGAACACAAGGUAGAUCAUUUGGUCACAGUGAAAACGCAAGAUGUAUGUAAAGAAGGCUUUGGAGUGACAAAUAUUGCGGAUGCUGUUUUCCUGGACAUUCCAUCACCUUGGGAGGCUGUUAAAUAUGCAAAAUCUGCCUUGAAGAUAGAAGGUGGAAGGAUCUGUUCUUUUUCUCCCUGCAUUGAACAAGUGCAACGCACCUGCCUUGCUAUGACUGAGCAGGGAUUUAAUGAUAUCAGUACAUUUGAAAUCCUUCUUCGGGUGCAUGAUGUCAGGACUGUGAGCCUGCAGCUCCCUGACUUUGGUACAGGAGACAAAAAUAGCCUGGACAAGCCAGCUGACACUGUGAGCCAAUCAAAGGGAAAAUGUUGUACAGAUUCGCAACAAGGAACUAUCCAGUUUAAGAGUGGUGCGCCUGUAAAAGAGAUGGCAGGUCAUACUGGAUAUCUGACCUUUGCUACUAAAUAUCUUUCCUAAGGGACAAAGAAAUGUUAUUUAUCAAUAUAUUUGUUUCUCGCUAAGGAAGGUACAGUGUAGAAUGAAAUUCUACAGAGAUGUGUUGACGUGUGAUGUCCUGUGGAUGCAUGCCUUGAUUAUGGCAUCUGAUUAACAUUUUACUUUUACAGAAACUAACUGUGAAAGAAAUAGCAUACAACUUGAUGCAAAUUCAGUACUUGGGCUGUAAAUGGAAUGAGCAGUGGGAUCUAAACCAUUUAUAAAUUCCAUGUGGGCAUAGUGUAUUGACCUUCUUUCAGCAAUGCCUUGUUCGUUUAGUUUAAUUGACUUUCUAAUAAAUAUUUUGUUUACUGAGGAAUAUUAAGUGACUUGUGUUUAUAACAUAAUAUUGAAUACAGUUAGAUCUUUAUCAGUUCAGGCUACAUGCAUGCAAAUAUGAUUUAGAUGGAGAACGAUCUUAAUGGCUGAUUUAUGAUGUCUGUACUUGUUAAUUAACAAUGAACAUUUGUGAAAUACUGACGUAAAGCCAUUCAAAUAUUCUAUUGUGGUAACACAAUUUGAAAAUGUUGACUAACAAGAAAAUUAAUUUCUGAUGCUAUAAUUUCUAUUUGUUUAAGUUAUUAAUAUUGUAAUGCAGAAUAUUCUGCUGUGUUUUAUUUAAAUGUCUCCAAAAUGAACCAAGCCAAAGUAUUUGAAGUUUUGGGUAGUGCUGUUGAACCCACCCAAUCUUCCCUGGUAAGCAACAAAUCAAUAUCUGCUCUGGUCUGCCUAAAAGAACUUUGCAACUCUCUCAGUAAUAAUAUAUUAUACAGUAGAGACUUAACAUGUCACAGUAUUUCAGAUAACUCAUUGGACAGACAAAUGGUACUGAGGAUUUGUUACUUAAUUAUCUUCAAGCCCUCAGUACCUGACUUGCUGUCUUUGGGCUAAUCAAAAUGUGAGAUCCCCGUUAUCAUGGAUUCACUCUAAAAACUUGGCUUUUUGAUAUAUUUGUUGGUAAUGAAUUCAAAUAUUGACAUAAUUCAAAUGCUAAAGUUUGACUUGACUUCCUGUUACAGUGAGCACUUAAUAUUAUGUCAUGAAAAUUUUUUUAAAACGUUAAAAUUUUGAAGGAUAGAAAUGAAGUUUGACCAUGUCAUCGAUGUAUAUUGUGCAUUUCUUGGUGAUACAAGAAAACGAAGGAUCAAUGAAGAGAGCAAGACAACAGUUCUGAAAUAUUACUGGAUUAUCAGAGUUCAGUCAUUUCAAGGAUUUUGUGUCUAAUUUUAUAUGUAGAGUCAUGGAGUCUUAGAAUCACAGAAACAGGUAUUUGGUUCAACUUUCCUUCUUCACCAAGUUGUUUACCUGAGCUAGUCUGUUUGUCUCUAUUUGGCCAGUAAGUAUCCCUCAACCUCUCUGAGCCAUGUACCCAUCUACAGUGCAGUUUUGGUCCCCUAAUCUGAGGAAAGACAUCCUUGCCAUAGAGGGAGUACAAAGAAGGUUCACCAGAUUGAUUCCUGGGAUGGCAGGACUUUCAUAAGAUCAAAGACUGGAUGAACUAGGUUUAUACUAGUUGGAAUUUAGAAGAUUGGGGGGGGGGAAUCUGAUUGAAAUGUAUAAAAUUCUAAAGGGAUUGGACAGGCUAGAUGCAGGAAGAUUGUUCCCGAUGUUGGGGAAGUCCAGAACGAGGGGUCACAGUUUGAGGAUAAAGGGGAAGCCUUUUAGGACCGAGAUUAGGAAAAACUUCUUCACACAGAGAGUGGUGAAUCUGUGGAAUUCUCUGCCACAGGAAACAGUUGAGGCCAGUUCAUUGGCUAUAUUUAAGAGGGAGUUAGAUAUGGCCCUUGUGGCUAAAGGGAUCAGGGGGUAUGGAGGGAAGGCUGGUGCAGGGUUCUGAGUUGGAUGAUCAGCCAUGAUCAUACUGAAUGGCGGUGCAGGCUCGAAGGGCCAAAUGGCCUACUCCUGCACCUAUUUUCUAUGUUUCUAUGUUUACAUGUCGUUUAAAUGCUCUAAUUGUACUCGUCUCUACCAUUUCCUGUGGCGGCUUGUUCCACGUGCCCACCAUCCUCUGUGUGAGAGGUGGACCUUGCCUCUAAGAUUCUCUAAAUCUUUCCCUGCUCAACUUAAACCUAUGCCCACAAGUUUUAGCCUUCUCUGACCUGGUUAAAAAGACCAACCAUUCACCUUACCUAUGCCUCUCAAAAUUACCCCUCAGCCUUCUACACUCUAUAGAAAAAUGCCACAGCUUAUUAAGACUCUCCUUAUAGUUCAGACCAGUAACACCCUCAUGAAUCUUUUCUACACCCUUUCAAGCAUAAGGACACCUUUCCUCUAACCAAGAACUGCACACAUUACAACAAUACCUUGUACAACUGGUAUUUAAAAGCCAAACUGCUGAAGGCAAAGUCAGUGUAAAUUUAUUAUCAAAUAUGGCUAUGUCACCAUAUAAUACCUUGAGAUACAUUUUCUUGCAGGCAUUUAUAGGAAAAUAAGGAAAUUCAAUUGUUUAUGGAAAAACUAUACGAACAAAGGCUAACAAAUAAAUAAUGUGCAACCUGAUGGUGUGCGACCUAAGGUUUCACUGCUCCACUGCAAAGUCUCCAUGAGGGAUACCAACCCUGAAGAAGUUUAAAUCUUCCCUUCGUCAGGAGUUCAGUGAAACCCUCUCUCACUGCUCCUCCACUGUAAUCUCUGCUGCUCUCUGACUUUUCGACCAUCUGUUCACCCAGACCUGUUACCGCAGCAACGUAUCCUUCCUGGGAGCCAGUCUUCUCCACCAUCUUGCGAUGAAUAUUGAUUUUUUUUUCCUCUGUUGAACAAAAUGUCCCCCCUCUGCCUCCUCUAUUCCUCACUCUGACCUUUAACUACUUCUCACCUGCUUAUCACCUCCCCAUGGCUCUCCUCCUCUCCUUUCUCCUGUUGUCCACUCUUCUCUGCUAGCAGAUUCUUUUUUCCCCAGCCCUUGACCUUCCCCAGCCCUUGACCUUUCCCACCCACCUGGCUUCACCUAUUACCUUCCAGAUAGCCUUUCUCCUCUCCCCACCUUUUAAUUCAGGGAUCUUUUUCACCCCCCCCCCGCCCCCAGUCCCAAUGAAGGGCCUCGGCCCGAAAAUUUGACUGAUUACUCCUUUCCGUAGAUGCUGCCUGACAGUCAGACAGAGGGACAAUAGCCUUGCUACUCUCAAUUUUGUCUGCCAAAUAAUGAGUUUGAAGGAAUGUCGGUCCAUCAGACAAGAGAGUCGUAGCUAGUCACAGGGAGGAGAUUUCCUUGUCCAUUUUCUCUUUUUCUGCAGUAGGAUAUGAUAUGUCUAUAAUGUUAGUUAAGUGGCUUGGUUCAUGUGCUGUUGCUUCAGUAACCAUUGGAACCUCU